GGCCGCGCCGCCAGCUGAGCCCCGCGCCCGGCCGGCCCGGCCCGGAGCACCGAGCGCAGCCCGCACGCAUCGCAGUGUGGAGCCUGGGCCCCAGGCCCUGUGCGUGAGUGUGGAGUUGCCCCGUGUGCGCGUCCCAGCUGAGAGGCUGGCCCGAUCUCCAGGGCCAGGCUUGGAUGAGAGGUCCUACAGGAUAAAACAGCGACUCCAGUUUGGACUUCUUUGUCCACUGUGCUAGCUGGAGAACCUGCCCUCCAAGGCCUGGCCUCCCUGUCCUCCCAGCAGUGACGGGCUGCCUCUUCCUGCCCACCUGGUUCUCCAGCCUGCAGCCUGCAGUGGCGGGAUUGAUGUGCUGCCUCUUGGGAAGCCCCCCAGCACCCACGCCAUGAAGGAGGAGGCCUUUCUCCGGCGCCGCUUCUCACUGUGUCCGCCGGCCUCCACCCCGCACAAGACCGACCCCCGGAAGCUCACGCGGACCCUGCUCCUGGGCGGUGAGAAUGAGCUCAGCCCAGUCAGCCCAGCCCAGCUGCACAGGGACCCAGGACGCUGUCCCACCACCUCCCUCAGUUCCAGCACUGGGGCCAGUGGCAUCCUUCAGAGGGACACAUGGCCAGCACCCUGGACCCAGCCUUCCUGGAAGGACAUGGAGCCUAAUGGCCUGUCACUGCCAAGAGAUGAAGAGCCCCCCACCUUGGGCUCUACCGCCAAGGUGCCACCGGCAGAGAACAGACUGUGCAAUGGGUCUGACAAGGAGUGUGUGUCCCCGACAUCCAGGGCCUCCAGGAAAGAGACCCUCAAGGCGCAGAAGGAGACCUACCGAAAGGAGAAGAAGCGGGCGACGAAGCAGCUGUUCAGUGCCCUCACAGACCCCAGCGUGGUCAUCAUGGCCGACAGCCUCAAGAUCCGAGGGACCCUGAAGAGCUGGACCAAGCUGUGGUGCGUGCUGAAGCCUGGGGUGCUGCUCAUCUACAAGACGCCCAAGGUGGGCCAGUGGGUGGGCACCGUGCUGCUGCACUGCUGUGAGCUCAUCGAGCGCCCCUCCAAGAAGGACGGCUUCUGCUUCAAGCUCUUCCACCCACUGGACCAGUCAGUGUGGGCCGUGAAGGGCCCCAAAGGUGAGAGUGUGGGCUCCAUCACACAGCCCCUCCCCAGCAGCUACCUGAUCUUCAGGGCCGCCUCGGAGUCGGACGGCCUGCUCCAUGAUUGCUCACCAGGCUGGGGGGGCUCUGUUCCAACCCAGCCUGCAGUGAACCCCAGAAGCACCCCAGAUGUCCCCUGGCAAGAAGAGCAGCUCCAGAGAACCAGGAGCCACCAUCCUGGGCGCUGCUGGCUGGACGCCCUGGAGCUGGCCCUGCGUUGCUCCAGCCUGCUACGGCUGAGCGCCUGCAAGCAGGGCCACAACAGCGAGCCGGGGUCCUCGCCCGACGCGUCGCCAUCCUCGCUGUCCGGACUGCCGGGCUCAGCCGCCGUCCACCCAGACCAGGACCUGUUCCCGCUGAGUGGCCCGUCCCUGGGGAGCCCCCUGGAGCAGGAUGCCUUCUCGGACAAGUCAGAGAACGCCGAGGACUCGGGGGCAGAGACCCAGGACCCCAGCCGCAAGACCAACGGGAGUGGCAGCGACCAGUCUGAGAGCCCCGGGGAGCCCCACAGGGGGACCACCUACGUGGAGCAGGCCCCGGAGGGGCCUGGGGAGCUGGAUGAGGAGCCCCAGGUGGAGACAGUGUCGGAGGAGAACAAGGGUCUCAUAUGGGUGCUGCUGCGGCAACUGCGGCCGGGCAUGGACCUGUCCCGCGUGGUGCUGCCCACCUUCGUGCUGGAGCCCCGCUCCUUCCUCAGCAAACUCUCCGACCACUACUGCCACGCAGACCUGCUCUCCAGGGCUGCCCGGGAGGACAACGCCUACGGCCGCAUGAAGCUGGUGCUGCGCUGGUACCUGUCAGGCUUCUACAAGAAGCCCAAGGGAAUCAAGAAGCCCUACAACCCCGUGCUGGGCGAGAUGUUCCGCUGCUGCUGGAUCCACCCACAGACGCGCAGCUGCACCUUCUACAUAGCAGAGCAGGUGUCCCACCACCCGCCCGUGACGGCCUUCCACGUCAGCAACAGGAAGGACGGGUUCUGCAUCAGCGGCAGCAUCGUCACCAGGUCCAAGUUCUACGGGAACUCACUGUCGGCUCUGCUGGACGGCAAGGCCACGCUCACCUUCCUGGACCGAGCAGAGGACUACACCCUCACCAUGCCCUAUGCCCACUGCAGAGGCAUCCUAUACGGUACCAUGACCCUGGAGCUGGGAGGGUCAGUGACCAUCGCGUGUGAGAAGAACGACCUCCAAGCCCAGCUGGACUUCAAGCUCAAGCCUUUCUUUGGGGGCAGCACCAGCAUCAACCAAAUCUCGGGGAAGAUCAGGUCGGGAGAGAAUGUCCUGGCACAUCUCACUGGACACUGGGACCGAGACGUGUUCAUCCAGGAGGAGGGCAGCGGGAGCGCGGAGCUCUUCUGGACCCCCAGCAGGGAGGUCCGCAGGCAGAGCCUGAAGCGACACACGGUGCUGUUUGAGGAGCAGAUGGAGAUGGAGUCUGAGAGGCUCUGGCAGCACGUCACCAGGGCCAUCCACGAGGGAGACCAGCACAGGGCCACCCAGGAGAAGUGUGUGCUGGAGGAGGCCCAGCGGCAGCGCACCCGCGAGCACCAGCAGGGCCUCACGCCCUGGACCCCACAGCUGUUCCACCUGGACCCGCUCACCCACAAGUGGCGCUACCGAUACGAGAACCACAGCCCCUGGAAUCCCCUGAAGGACGUCACCCAGUUUGAGCAGGACGGGAUUCUGCACACCCUGCAACGGGAGACCGGGGCUCACAAGACCUCCUUCCUGGGCAGCCCGGAGUCAGGGCGUGAGAGGUCUGGCCCAGACCGGCGACUCCGCAAGGCCAGUGACCAGCCGUCUGGCCACAGCCAGGUGACGGAGAGCAGCGGCUCCACACCCGAGUCCUGCCCAGAGAUCUCGGAUGAGGACUGCGACUCUGCUCCCGCUGAUGACAGCCCAUGUCCUCGGUGCAGGAGGGAGGCGCAGCAGCUGCAGGCACUGCGGGAGGCCAUGCUGUCCAUCCGGGAGGCCCAGGAGGAGCUGCACAGGCACCUGUCGGCCAUGCUGAGCUCCGUGGUGCAGGCUGGGCAGCCGGCCCCCGGCCUUCUGCAGAGCCCCCGCACCUGGUUCCUGCUCUGCGUCUUCCUGGCUUGUCAGCUCUUCAUCAACUACAUCCUCAAAUAAGGGCCCCCCGGGGCAGCAGACCCCCCCCCCCGCCUGAGCCUCCCUCCCAGGCACCCAGCACUUUACGCCAGCCCCGCGGAGGCAGAAAGGCCUGGCCAGCUCGCCACUGUGGCAGAGGCCCACGGCAGGAGGGAGGGAGCAGGGGCUGUGGCCCAGGUGUGCAGGCCCUCUGGGGGCACUGGCCUCUCCUGCAGGGCCCUCCGCCCAGGGCGGCCUUAACGCUAAAGCCAAAUGCAGCUUCCAUUGUGUGACACGCACCUCGUCAUUCCCAGUCCAGGCCCCACUUGCCACAGGGCACCAGUGGAUUCGGGGCGGGAGGGCCUGCCCCGGCUGUGGACAGCUACCCGCUGGCAGCGGUGAGUGAGGUUUCAAGGAGAAAGCGGGGAGACCCCAGGAGUCCCUGGCGCAUGGGCCCGACGCACUUCCAGAGACUCUGCUCUCGUUGCUGGGUUGCCCUGAGGGACCCCAGGAGGCUCUGGGACAGGCCGGGGCUCCCCGGGCAAGGACACUUGGGGCAGUUGUUCUGCCACUGUGCUGUUUGGUGGAAGGCCAGGACAGGUAGGUACUGGACCCUCCCCACCGACAGCCAGAUGAGCCCACUGGAGCCAGCUGCCCGCGGGCGAGCAGGAGGGAGCCGGAGGCCAGGGAGAGAGUGAGCAGGAGGGAGCCGGAGGCCAGGGAGGCUCUGGCCAGGCUGCCCGGCCCACACAGUCUCCCCUUCCUUCACACUUCUUUAAUAAUGUGUAACUGCAAUACGUCAGGCGGCCGCGCAGCCGUGAGCCUGUGGCGUCUGGCCCCAGUUCCUGUGUCCAUGGCGCUCUGUGUGCGUGUGCGCGUGUGCGUGUGUGAGCAUCUGCACAUAUUUACAUCUGGAGCCUUAAACUACUCUGUGGGUGCCAUCUCAGCUGUAGCUGACCCUUCAUGUCCAAGUUUUGUACCUCGUUCUUGUCUCGUCCCCUCUCCCCAAGUCGGGGACCUGUCUAUGCUCCAUGCCUUGAAAUAAAUGGAACACAUGUU